AUAGCAGAUUUUCCUGCGGUUCGUAUUUGCGACGGCCGUCGGAUAUACUGCCGAAAGAGUUCCAGACAGUGUGCAAGACGAAAACCAUAAGCUAUAUGUGCAUGCGUUUGCGCGAGGGUGCGCUGCUUCAGGCGUGAGCGGCGAUGGGCGAGAUCGAGGGCACCUACCGCACCCUGCAGACUCCUGGUACCAGGUUGGGGGCCCAGUUCAACGCCGGCAUCAGCACCCUGGAGCCCGGCCAGAGCCUGAGCACCGCCAUGGGAAGUGGGGGCAAAGCUCACAGCCGCGGGCUGCAGCUGCGCGUGCUCGGCCUGGACGACGCCCAGGAGUUCUACGACCUGGAGACUAAGGCUGAUGGACAGGCCCUCCUGACUGAAGUCUACCGCCGGUGCAAUCUCAUUGAGAGUGAUUACUUUGGCCUGGAGUUUCAGAACAUGCAGAUGAAUUGGGUAUGGCUGGAGCCAACUAAGCUCGUUGUCAAGCAAGUGAGAAGGCCUGUGAACACACUCUUUAGACUCUCAGUGAAGUUCUUUCCCCCAGACCCUGGCCAGCUACAGGAGGAGUACACCAGGUACCUGUUCUCUCUGCAGAUGAAGAGGGAUCUGAUAGAAGGGAGGCUCACCUGCACAGAGAACACUGGCGCCCUUCUGGCCUCUCACCUGGUGCAGUCGGAGAUUGGUGACUAUGACGACGUCGCGGACCGAGAGUACCUGAAGAUGAACAAGCUGUUGCCCUAUCAGGAGCGUGUGCAGGAGAAGAUCAUGGAGCUGCACCGGCGACACCUUGGUCAGACUCCAGCGGAGUCGGACUUCCAGGUGCUGGAGAUUGCCAGGAAGCUGGAGAUGUACGGCGUUCGGUUCCAUCCAGCGGCCGACCGCGAGGGCACCAAGAUCAACCUGUCCGUAGCCCACAUGGGCCUGCAGGUGUUCCAGGGCAUCACGAAAAUCAACACCUUCAACUGGUCAAAGAUCCGUAAACUGAGCUUCAAGAGGAAGCGGUUCCUCAUUAAACUCCAUCCCGAAGUACAUGGCCCUCACCAGGACACGCUAGAGUUCCUGAUGGCCAGUAGGGACCAGUGUAAGAUCUUCUGGAAGAACUGUGUGGAGCACCACUCCUUCUUCCGCCUAUACGACCAGCCACAGCCCAAGGCCAAAGCCAUCCUCUUCAGCCGAGGAUCCUCCUUCAGAUACAGUGGCCGCACUCAGAAGCAACUGGUGGAGUAUGUGAGAGACAGCGGUGCACGAAGGACUCCAUACCAGAGGAGGAAUAGCAAGAUUCGCAUGUCUGCCCGCUCCCUGGCAGCUGAUUUCCCUAAACAGAGCCUGUCCUUCAACGACAGCCUGCGGCUCCCCGGCUCGCCUGCUUCGGCCACCGUCUCCUUCCACUCCCUGCCGACCAGCGGAGGCUCUCCCCUGCGCGUGGACCACCAGACUCAGCUGCAGCAGACGCACCACAGCCAGUCCGCCUUCGCACAGGGCCAGCAGCUCCAGUUCCAGCAGCAGCAGCCUGCCCGGCCCCCCAGCCCCCCGAAGGAGGACCCGGUCAAGGCCGCCACCUCGCCCCCGUCCCACUACGCCUUCCAAGGUGCCACUAGUAACCGGGUGACUGCAGGAGACUGCGGCCCCUCGUUUGUGUGUGUAGAGAGUAGCCUCUCCUAUCCCCUGCAGCACAUCUCCCAAAAUGGCAAUGAGGAUAGCGGGGAGUGGGCUGGUGGGAGGGGGGUGUCCGGUCGGGCUGGUGGGGGAGGAGGUGGAGGCGUCGGGGGCGUGAGCAGCGUCGGGGUGGGCGAGAGGAAGGGCGUUUUAACACCCGAGGCUUUUGAGGCGGAGCUGUUACGCGGCCGGCAACCGUUGCCAGCGGCGUCCAGCCCUGGCCGCUACCCGCUGGCCGGCACGCACCUGCAGGUGUCCGAGGAGUACAUCGACGACGACCCGGCCGAGAUGUCAUUCUAUGCAGGUGGCGCCGAGGCCUACUCGUUCGGCUUUGACGAGAAAGCCGGCCGCUUCGCCUACCUGGAGGAGGAGGAGGAGGAGGAAGGGCUGGGGAGGGAGGUGAACGGCGAGGGCAGCAUAGACCAGGCCAUGUCUGAUGACUACGGCCUGGGCCUGGAGGACCUGAGUGGCAGCGGCCUCCCGUAUGGAGUGAUGAGCUCGCGCGGCCGCUCGGAGACCAGCUCGCUGGUCAACAACCGCUCCGAGUGCAGCUCACUCGACCCGCUGCCCUUGGGCUCGGCUGGCGACUCGCUCUCACUCUCCUUCCCACUGGGCCUGGCCGGUGGGCCCGACUCGUCCUCCUCCCUUCGCCUGCCCGGCUCGGAGAACCUGUCGGAGGCCAGCUCCAUGGUCAACUUCCCAGCAUGCUCGGUGCGCUCGGGCGCUAGCUCGGCCGUCCAGUUCGGCGAGCUGGUGGAGCAGCUGGAGCAGCUCAGCUACCCGCCGACGGCCACCGAGGGCUCGGACAACGCCAGCUCGGCCUCCGACUCCGACUGGGGCUCGGACGCCGGCCUGCCCCCCGAGCAGAACCUCUUCUAUGCCAACCCGCUGGUGGGCGGAGGCACCGGAGUGGAGGGCUUCCUGCUCGAGUGCCACAACCUGCGGGCACUCGGCAUGGGCGAACCUCCGGGCACCAGCCAUUUGAAAAUCCCCAACGCCCAGAGUCCACCACAAGCCUUGACCACGAUUCACUCAGUCCACACCCACCCUUGCUUGGACCCCCCGCUGGAGUUCACCAAACUCACCCCCUCCACCCUCUGCCCCACCCAGCUCACCCCCUCCACCCUCUGCCCCACCCUCCUACCCCCUCCACCCUCUGCCCCACCCAUCUCACCCCCUCCACCCUCUGCCCCACCCUCCUACCCCCCAUCCCCUUUCAAGCCGGAGCUCUAUGUGAGCGUGAAAUAUGCUGUGAGAGAGCGUGUCUAUUCUUCCACCAUGGACAGCCCCCUGCUCUCGCCCUUCAGCCCCAAGGGUCCCCUCUGCAUGUCGCCCUCCUUCCAGAUGUCCACACUGAGUCUACCCGGCCAGGCUCCCUCACCCCUGCAGAGCCCCAUCCUAAGCGAGGUGGGCAGUGCCAGGCUAGACGAGGAGGAUGAGGGCAGGAGGAAGAGAUAUCCCACUGAUAAGGCCUACUUCAUUGCCAAAGAGAUUCUGACCACAGAGAGAACCUACCUGAAAGACCUGGAGGUCAUCACCGUGUGGUUCCGCAGUGCUGUGAUCAAAGAGAACGCCAUGCCCGAGGGCCUCAUGACUCUGCUCUUCUCCAACAUCGACCCCAUCUACGAGUUCCACCGGGGCUUCCUCAAGGAGAUCGACCAGAGGCUGGCGCUCUGGGAAGGGCGCUCAAACGCACACGUGAAGGGCGACUACCAGAGAAUCGGAGAUGUCAUGCUGAGGAACAUGAGUGCAUUGAAGGAGUUCACCAGCUACCUGCAGAAGCACGACGAGGUGCUGACUGAGCUGGAGAAGGCCACCAAGCGUCUGAAGAAGCUGGAGACGGUCUACAAGGAGUUUGAGCUCCAGAAGGUGUGCUACCUGCCGCUCAACACCUUCCUGCUCAAGCCCAUCCAGCGUCUCAUGCACUACAAGCUCAUCCUGGAGCGACUGUGCAAGCACUACACCCCCGAGCACCGCGACCACGACGACUGCAAGGAAGCGUUGAAGGAUGUGGCUGAGAUUGCAGCCCAGCUUCAGAGCAGUCUCAUCCGGCUGGAGAACUUCCAGAAGCUCACAGAGCUGCAGAGAGACCUGAUCGGCAUCGAGAAUCUCACAGCCCCUGGCAGGGAGUUCAUUCGUGAGGGGUGUCUGUACAAGCUCACAAAGAAAGGCCUGCAACAGAGGAUGUUCUUCCUGUUCUCUGACAUGCUCCUAUACACCAGUAAAGGGGUGACGGCCACCAACCAGUUCAAAGUGCACGGCCAGCUGCCUCUGCAUGGCAUGAUUGCUGAAGAGAGUGAGAACGAGUGGUCAGUGCCCCACUGCUUCACCAUCUACUCGGCCCAGAGGACCAUAGUGGUGGCAGCCAGCCCCGGAAGUCCGGAACUGGGGGAGCGCUGGUCAUCCGAUGAGGUGUCUCUGGAGCAGGAGUCGGAGGAUGACAUGAACUCCUCCCACAGCUCUCUGGAUAAGCAGACCCACCACCGUGCCAACACCACCAUGCACGUGUGCUGGCACCGCAACACCGGCGUGUCCAUGUCUGACCACAGCCUGGCCGUGGAGAACCAGCUCUCUGGCUACCUCUUGAGGAAAUUCAAGAACAGCAAUGGAUGGCAGAAGCUUUGGGUGGUGUUCACCAACUUCUGCCUCUUCUUUUAUAAGACACACCAGGAUGACUUCCCACUGGCCAGUCUCCCGUUGCUAGGUUACACAGUCAGCACCCCUGGGGAGACUGACAGCAUCCACAAAGAGUAUGUCUUCAAGCUGCAGUUCAAGUCCCACGUCUACUUUUUCCGGGCAGAGAGCGAAUACACUUUUGAAAGGUGGAUGGAGGUGAUCAAGAGUGCGGCCAGUUCCACGGGCAGGAUGAGCCUCCUGAUCCCCAAGGGCCCGACGGAGAUGAACGGAAACUAAACAGAGCAGACUGGAGCUGAGCUUCUGGAGCUAGGGGCUGGGCCCCGCAGACUCCCAGGAGAACCUGUUGUUGUUGUUGUUUUUUGUUGUUGUUGUUUAUGAUUAUUGGUUAUAUUCCUGCUCCUACUUAUGGCUUUUUUUUUUUUUUGGCUCAUUUACUGUUGAUUGAUGUGAGGGGUAGGCUUCGGAGCACAGGAAUUGGGAGAAGAGUGGACUGCAUGAAACCGGCAGAACGUUCUCUCUUCACAUUCUCCAUUUGUAUUUCUCUCUUUCUCUUGUCUUUGAUCUAGUCUUGUCCUUUUUCUGUCUCCAUCAUAGCCCGUUAGCCACCUCACAGCCAGGUUCCUGGACUGUACCAGAAUGGUUGUCACUGUCCUGGUUACCCACUUCCAUGAGAAAUGCUGCCUCUGUGUUUCUGCUAAAGAGGCUAAAUCUAUCAGUUGGCCUUUAAAAGCUAUUAGGAAGGUUUCAACAUAUCCAAAGAUAUAACUUUAAACUGAGAUUAAUUAAUAAAUAGGCAGCCAACUGAUCCAUGUUUUGGUUGUUUGUCAAUGUCCGCUAAUCUCAAGCAGAGAUCCAAUUGGGGUAUCUCUGUGGCUGUAAAAAGGGUUGUUAAGGAAAGUUGUUUCUUGAACAAGGAUUAGAAUGUCCUGGGAUGUUGAGCCUUUUUUUUAUUGUCAUGCUCAGUGUUAGAGGGGGAAUUAGCAGUUGCUUUAUGCAGUGGUGGCUGUAUUAACUUCUCCUUUUACCUUUUUAUUACUAUCUAGAUGUGAGUAACUUGCUCGAGCAGAGCCAGAUAUAGUGCGAAUACAAAGGCACUUCCUGGGGAGAUGAAGGACUUGGCACUAAGGGACACUUGAAGGGGACUGUGAAGUGAAAUGAUGGAAGGGACACCUUAAAGGGUGUUCUGUGGCUGGGUUGAUGCACUCAGAUAGUACAAUGGGUGUCUGAUUGUCGGUCAGGGAACAGGGCAUAGAAGGUACUAGAAAGACGACUUGGUCCAGAACUAGAUGCAAGACUUUGGACAAUGAACUCCAGGCUAGUUUGGCAUGUUGAUAAAGAUGCCUAACAGUGUACAGUCUCUCAUCUCCUUAGAGCUUGAAAAAUAAGUCUACGGUGCUCUUUGUAAGACCUCAGAAAGUUUAUGAGCCAGCUCCAGACCAGAAGCCUAUGGAGGUUUUUGGAUUGUAGCAAGUCACCAAUGGUGCUCUGUGUUCCAUAACACUCUGAACACCUGACACCUCUGCACACCUUCUGUGAAAUAUGGUGAUCUGUGCAACUUGGGCAAUAUUUCUGUCAUUGCUUUCCAAAGUCAGGAUUAGAAAAUAUUUUAGGGGAAAGGUUUGAUAUGUUUAACUUUUUAACUGUUACUGUUUGGGCCCACCUCUUGAUGUGGAAUUAAAGGGAUAUUGAUGGAAUGUGUUUUUAUAUAUUAUUUAGAUAUUUAACACAUUCAUGUAUCAUAUGUCUGACAUAUUUUAACACAGGGGCAUUGUAAUACUCUUGUUUGGAGCUGUGUAAUCCUAGCGAUGAUGGGAUAAUUGUAUUAUUGGGGUACGAAGUUGAAUGGUUUAAGCAUUAGGAGGCUGUCUAGCAAUAUUCCUUAGUGCCUCCAGGGGCACUGUCAUAACAGUAUUCAGUUGUUUUUCUUCAUCCCCGAUGCAUUUCAGCUAUUUCAGUAACUGUUUUGAAGCCAGUCUUUUGUUAUUUCAGUUCCAUUUCUGUCUCGUAAUGUCUUGCCUUGGUAUAUGGACUCGGUACGUUGUAAAAGGACAAAAUGUCCUGGGCAAGAGUGAAGCCACAGUUUCUGUUACUUUGAGACGUUACUUUUGGUGUGGUCAGCCUGUCCACGCUGGGAUACAAACAGGUUUACGUCUUAAUUUUAUUUAGCUUUUUUCCCCGUAAAGGAAGAAACCGACUGAAUCCAUUUUAGUCCUGUUAAAAAAAAAAAGGUUUUAUGUAGGUGACGGUCAAUCUGUUUCAGUAUAUUUUGUAUAUUCAGCUGUAUGGCAGUGUUUGAAGGUGAAGCUUAGCCUUCUUCAUUGGCUGACAUUUCUAUAUAUUUAACCCUGUGCAUAAUGGUACUGGUCACUGUAGGUCUGACUUUCCUGCAUCUACAGCGGGCAUUAGAGAGUGUGUGUGUGUGUGUGUGUGUGUGUGUGUGCGUGUGCGUGUGUGUGUGCGCGCAAACGAGGGAAUGCUUUACAUCCUGGUACCACAGGGCCCCCUGUAGUCCUAAAGUGCACUGAGAGGGGCUCGGGCUCUCUUUGUUUUGUACAUUUUGUAUUGAGGACUGGAAUCUCUUGCCUCUCCCUCACUGGCAGAGGAGGGGCAAAACCCCUGCAUUUCAUUUGAUCCCCUUUUCCCGUUAACCCUUUCUGCUUGCUGCCUCACACCACAUGAAUAAGGCCUGUGUGGAAAAACAGGGGCGGAGGCGUCUACAAGCCCAUCAUCUGAUUUUGUUUAUUUGGAGAACAGUUGGUUUCCUACAGGCGAAAGCCACGGUGAAGGUGAAGGUGAAGAUGGUUUGGUGAUGGGCAUCCCCCCCAAUUAGACUUGGCUUGACAGAUCAUCUCUCUGUCAAAGUCCCAUACCCCUGCCUCUCCCCUCAUCCUUGUUGUACACUAUGUUACUUUCUAUUUAUUAUGUAGCAUGUUGCCGGAGUCCUGCUACUCCUGAACACCUUGCAUGUAGUCAUGACCGUGUUAUUGCAUUGAAAGGAUAACAAAAUAAAGUCCAAAACUGGUUA